UCAGUCAGUGAACAGUGCUGUGAUACAACUUAACAUAUCCAACAUGAAAUUCUUGAUUGUUGUCGCUCUUGCUGUGGCCGCGGUCUCCGCCGAAGAGGCCAAAAAGACAGAAAAGCGUGGCCUGGCCGGUCUUGGGUAUGGCGGUCUUGGGUACGGAGGUCAUGGUGUGGGUUAUGACGGACUCGGAUACUCCGGCGGUCUCGGAUACGGCGGCCUAGGAUAUGGUGGUUACGGUGGCUAUGCUGCCGCCCCCGUCGCUGUUAGCAAGGUUGCGUACACCACCGCUCACGGUCUCGGCGGUUACGGUGGAUACGGAUACGGCGGCCUCGGUGGAUACGGCGGAUACUCCGGCCUCGGAUACGGCGGUCACGGAUAUUCCGGCCAUGGAAUAGGCUACGGCGCCCCUGCUCUGAGCUACGCUAACCAGGUCGCCUACAACGGUUACGGCGGAUACGGUGGAUACGGACACGGUCUCGGUGGCUACGGUGGUCUGGGUGGAUACUACGGACAUCACUAAACCACGACGAAUAUCAUUUCGAUACAAAUGUGUUCAUUUUAUUAUUUUAAAUACUUGCAAAUUAUAUGGUACUGCAAUACCAUCCAGUAUUGAAAUUUUAUAAAAUACCUAAUGGUUGCACUUAUACAUCUUCGUACCUCGAACUCAGUGGGCUUUAGUACCACGAUAUUUUUGUACAAUGAAUUAUACUCUGUAAGAAUGUGUAAAUAUUUAAAUAUAUAAACUAAACUAUA